CAGCCCAAACCACCGUUGCUCCAUCAGUUGCUCGGAAGCCACUACCCAGUCACCAACGCCAACCCUGCCUUCGACAGCACCUUCCUCAUUGCCAACUCCAGCACGUUCACAUUGCCGGGCACAAGAUCAGGUGUGGAGAACGCCAGCAUCUACUCGUUGGACGACGACCCCCAGCGCAGGCUCAGCGUGUUGAACGCCAUGAGACCAUCCCGCUUGAUUGGCCACUACAAGCACCUCUGCCACUGGUACGACUUCUACGUGUCAGAGGACUCCAAGAAUAGAAGCAAGCCGGUCAGGAACUACUACAAGGAGCAGAACCGCCUAAUCGAGCGCUUCCAGGAAAUCGACAACUUCUUGGACGCUGGCCGUAUCCACUACAACAUGUUGAGCAACUAUGGCGACCUGCGGUCGAAAUUAGCCACCCACACAGAGGAGGACGAAGAAUUGGAGUCCUCACCCAAAGCCUACGGUGCUGCAGACCUCGCCAAUGGUCCCAGCGUGGACUCCACCAACUCCAAGUACUCUCGUUUCCACGAUGUCCCAGGCAACGUGGACCAUGAGGGGGCCCAAUUCUUGGGUUACAAUGCCGAAGAAAGCAGUCAUGCGGUUUAUGUGGCCAUCAUCGUCAAUUUUUUUGUCAAUUUCGUGCUCUUGGUGGGCAAAAUCGUCGUCAGCUUGUUGACCAGGUCGAUGUCGGUGGUGGCCUCCUUGGUGGACUCGGUAUUGGACUUCUUGUCCACCUUCAUCAUUUACAUCGCCAACAAGCUUUCCACCGACAAGGACUGGAAAGUGCAACACUCGUAUCCGGUAGGACGCUCGAGGUUAGAGCCGUUGGGAGUGUUGGUGUUUCUGGUAAUCAUCAUCAUUUCCUUCUUCCAGGUGGGCCAGGAAUCGUUCAAGGCCCUAUUCUUGACUAAACCUGAAGACAGAACUGCCGUCAAAAUUGGCCCAGCUGCCAUAGCCAUUAUGUUGUUGACCAUAUUGAGCAAGUUUGCUUGCUUUGUAUGGUGUGCCAAAAGCAGCUCAAGCUCUGUGCAAGCACUAGCGCUUGAUGCUUUGACCGAUAUUGUCUUCAACACGGUGUCGUUGCUCAUGCCCACCGUUGGGUAUUUACUCGAUAUCUGGUGGUUGGAUCCUUUGGGGGCAUUUCUAUUGCUGAUUUAUGUGAUAGUGAUUUGGUGCAAAACUGCCUACGAACACAUAGACAAUUUAACAGGGGCGGUGGCCAGCCAGGAAGACUACAAGAUUAUUCUCUACUUGGCUUAUCGCUUUGCUGAGUCGAUCAAACAAAUCACAUCUCUCAAGGUGUACCAUGUUGGGGAUAAUGUCAACGUUGAGAUCGAUGUGGUUUUUGCCGUGGACGAGUUCAACUUGACGUUGAAAGACUGUCACGACAUUGCCGAGGCCCUUCAGUAUUCGGUCGAGAGUUUACCGAUGGUGGAAAGGGCAUUUGUGCACAUCGACUAUAUGGAAGGGAAUUACAAGGGACAUUUGAAGUAG